UUAUUUUGUAUUGGUAAAAAAAAUGAAGCAAAGUAUUCGAUUAUAAUGUGAUAUUUUUCGAUAGCUUAUCGUUAGUUAAAUAAAUUCCCGUAUAAAAUGCGUUGACAUUAGAUUUUUUCGUAUUUUAAAAUACCAAUUCUUCGUAGUUUUGUCUACUAUAAACAUAUGAACGUUGCUCGAACGAAAUAAAAGUAUAUUCAACACACGAACGAUAGGUACCAUAUGGACUUUAAGAUUCAUCAUUUGCCUCCUUUGUUGUCGAGCAUCUUUGGCAGAACUGAAACUUAUACAGACGGUAUUCAGACAUGGAAACAAAACGCCAUCGAAUAUCACUUUUUAUCCUAACGAUCCUUACAUUAAUUGUACUUACGAGCCGGUGGGACGAGGAGAUUUAACAAAUGUUGGUAAAAUGACCAUGUAUCAAGUUGGCCAAUUCUUUCGAGAAAGAUACGAAGAUUUUUUGGGAGAAAUUUACACGAAAAAGAAGAUUUGGUUUCGCUCGGAUAAAAUAGAUAGAACUGUAAUGAGUGGACAACUCGUGGCAACUGGACUAUAUCCACCUUCCAAAAUACAAAGGUGGAAUCCAGAUUUGAAUUGGCAACCUAUACCUAUAUGGACAAUGCCAAUUGCCAUGGACUGCCUUUAUAACACUCGAUAUUCUUCAAAAUUUCAUAUAUUGAGAAACAUAGUGGAAGAAACAGACGAAAAUGUGAUACAAUUUGAAAAAGAUAAUAAAGAUAUUUAUAAAUAUUUGUCAGAACACACAGGUGGUAAUAUCACGCAAUUAAGAGUGUUUAUAUUAUAUAAAUAUUUAUUCGAGCAGAAAGAUAUUGGUUUAGAAUUACCAGAAUGGACGAAAUCAGUUUUUCCCGGGAAACUUGAAGAAUUAGCUGUAUACGACAUUUCGAUUAGUAUUCGUACUCUAGAAUCGAAGCAAAUAUUAGCUGGAAUAUGGAUUCGCGAAUGGUUGAAUCAUGUUAAUGAUUAUAUCAGCAAAAACGAUACGCGAAAAGCGUUUAUGUAUGCGGCACAUGAUAUAAAUAUCGCAUAUAUACUUUCUGCUUUGGAUAAUUUCGACAAUGAAAUUCCUUACUUUGGUAGUAGCCUGAUGUUUGAAUUACACGAAGACAAUAAUGAAUAUUACGUUCAGAUGCUUUAUAAAAAUAAGGAUAAUAUUCGAGUACUUGAAUUUCCUAAUUGUGAUAAGAUGUGUCCAUUAGAUGAAUUCAAGAAAUUUGUAAAGCCUUUAAUAUCGUUUAAUAUGGAAGAAGUAUGUAGACAAAUAUAAAGAAGCAUAUAUUUUCUUGUA